AUGUCUCCCGGCGGUGAUCAAGGCUCGACAGAGCACAUUAACAUAGAUAUUGUUACCCUUACUCGUUUUCUCACCGAAGAGCAAGCAAAAGUCAAGGAAGCAACCGGAGAUUUCACACUUCUCUGCCAUGCCCUCCAAUUCUCCUUCAAAUCGAUAGCAUACUACAUCCGCCGCGCCACGCUCAUCAACUUAACCGGACUCGCGGGAUCCAGCAACGUCACCGGCGAUGACCAAAAGAAACUCGACGUUAUCGGCAAUGACCUCUUCAUCGCCGCGAUGAGGUCUUCCGGAAAAUGUGCCGUCCUCGUUUCGGAAGAAGAAGAAGAAGCCAUCUUCUUCCCCGAAGCCAAAGGCGCCCGCUACGCCGUAGCAUGCGACCCCAUAGACGGAUCAUCCAACCUCGACGCUGGUGUCUCCGUCGGCACCAUCUUCGGCAUCCACAAACUCGAAGAGGGCUCCACAGGCACCAAAGAAGAUCUUCUCAAACCCGGUACCGAACUCAUCGCUGCAGGCUUCACCAUGUACGGCGCCUCGGCCCAAUUGGUUAUCACAAUGAAGGGAGGCGGCGUCAAUGGUUUCACAAUGGACAACGCAUUAGGAGAAUUCAUCCUCACACAUCCCGAUAUGAAAUUACCCAAACAGCGAUCUAUCUACUCAGUCAACGAGGGAAAUUCCCUCUACUGGGAAGACUCCACCAAAAACUACUUCAACUCAUUAAAAUACCCCGAAGUCGAAGGUGGGAAACCCUAUAGCGCGAGAUAUAUUGGAAGUAUGGUGGCAGAUGCCUAUAGAACAUUGUUGUAUGGAGGUAUUUUUGCCUAUCCGGCGGAUAAAAAGAGUCCCAAGGGAAAGUUGAGAAUUUUGUACGAGUGUGCACCUAUGGCUAUGGUUUUUGAGAAUGCCGGCGGCCAAGCACUCAAUAGCAAAAUGGAAAGAAUGAUGGAGGUAGUACCAGAGAGUAUCCACGAUAGGUCAGGUAUCUUUAUGGGAAGUUGGGAUGAAAUGGAGAAGGUCAAGUCAUUUCAUAAGUGA